AAGAGAUUUGCUCAGCACGCCGUUCUCUGUGUUUAACUGUUUACAAAACAUUACGGAGACCAGCUGUGGUUUCGCGGAAGGUUUUCUUUCUUUUUUUUUUGUUUUUUUUUGUUUUUACUAAGAACUCAUAUCCGUACGCCUGGACGACCUUUUGGGCUAUAUUCACCUGGAGCGGCAUUUGCUUUUAUCCGGAUGAGAGGAUCCUUACCGCAUAUUUUGUUUCUGCAACGUGGAUCUUAAGCUCUACGCAAGAGACGGGAGAGUCGUGCUAUCGGAAUAAUACCACUGUUAAAUUGAAGAAUAACACACGCGUCGUAGGCCUGUGGUGGAUAUCAUUAAAGGAAUGCUACUGUCAAAGCUCAAUUCUCUGGCCCACAUCUCCGCCGUAGACAUGCCGGCGAAAAUGCAGCUCCAAGUUCAGCAAGUGAAGGAGAGGGAGCCCUUCGAGAAGCUCUACCAGGUCGGCGCGGUGCUGGGAAGCGGCGGCUUCGGCACAGUCUACACUGGUACGAGGACAACAGACGGCGCUCCGGUUGCUGUCAAACAUGUGGCCAAGGACAGAGUGUCCGACUGGGGAGAAAUGCCUAAUGGCUCCCGGGUCCCUAUGGAGAUCGUGCUGCUGAAGAAAGUCUGCACCGGCUUCCGCGGCGUCAUCAAGAUGCUGGACUGGUUCGAGCGACCGGACAGCUUCAUCAUCGUGAUGGAGCGGCCCGAGAACGUCAAGGACCUGUUCGACUUCAUCACGGAGAGAGGCGCCCUGCCGGAGGAGCUGGCGCGGAGCUUCUUCCGCCAGGUGCUGGAGGCCGUGCGGCACUGCCACAGCUGCGGCGUGGUGCACCGCGACAUCAAGGACGAGAACAUACUCAUCGACCUGCGCACCGGCGAGAUGAAGCUCAUCGACUUCGGGUCCGGAGCCCUGCUGAAGGACACCAUUUACACGGACUUUGACGGCACACGAGUAUACAGCCCCCCAGAGUGGAUCAAAUAUCACCGCUAUCACGGCCGCUCUGCCACGGUUUGGUCCCUGGGCGUCCUGCUGUAUGACAUGGUGUGCGGGGACAUUCCGUUCGAACACGACGAGGAGAUCACAGGAGGGCAGGUCCUCUUCCGGAGGAGAGUCUCCACAGAAUGCCAGCAGCUGAUCAAGUGGUGUCUGUCCCUGCGGCCGGCCGACCGCCCGUCCUUCGAGGACAUCGUCAACCACUCGUGGCUCCAGAGCACGUCCUCCUCGGCGGUCCCGUCCCUGUUGCAGACGGAGAAGACGCCCGCGGAGAUCAGGCUGCACAGCAUCGAGACCGCCUUCGCAUCCGCCCCCGUGGCCGCGGCGCGGUGAUGGAGGCCGGACAGUUCGCCUCCGAACCUGGACUGCCUAUGAUGCGAGAAGAGACCAUUACAAAAAAAGACUAACGUAACGGACUUGAAGCAGAAAGGAGGAGAUGGGAGCGGCCGACGGUACCCGGCACCCGCGAGGUGUAACCCAGAAGAAAACCGGGGUCAUGACAUCACAUCACUUGUUUUCACCCUGGCAGGCCCAGGCUCUCUCUCCACCCUCACCACCCAGACUACUCGUCGGGUGAUCAUCAGCCUGUGGGAAGGCGUGCUCCGCAAUGCACAGACGCUUGCGUUGAGCAAAUACAGUGCGCUUGCUCGCCGCGGUGCCCGAACGGCAAGCGGCCGGCGUGCACUCGCGACCUUUCAAGUGCCUUCUGUGAGGUUGUCUUGGUGACCCUGAAAAUACUUGAGUUUGUGAGAGCAGAACGGCUCUUUUUGUCAAGAGAACUUUCAGCUCCUGACUGUACAAGGCUUUAUAUCGUUUGUUUUUUCCUCUCAUGGGCCUAGAUCAGUAAAGCCUAUGUCAUUUACAACUACCACUACUUCUACUACUCCAAUGUCAUUAGCAACCAGACGACCUCAUAGCUCUGACAGUAACCCUGUGCAAACGGGUCAUAAAUAACAGGAAACACUGGACCUUACCUCACUCUUUUACUACAGCGUGUGCAACCCUCUCGUGUUGUACUGUGCACGAGG